AUGGCCGACAUGGGAUACUGCACAAACUCAGGGUGUAUCUGUCGCCAGUUUCAGACGCUAGAUGUCAGCGCGGACGUGGAUGAGCCUCCCCUGCACGAGGCGGACGCGAUGGAUCCUACCUCUGAGCCUCCCACGGAGUUUGCCGAAGAGGCAGAGUCCGCCGCGUUCGACACAGAUCCAUCGACAUCGGCGGCCGGCAUGUCCUGGGCGGACGAUGUCGAGGAUAAUUUCUACUCGGCGAAUGCGCCCGAUGCGGCUAACGAAUACGAAGCCGGGGCAGAGUCCGAGGCCGUCGUCGAGAACAAUGGAGGGUGGGAUGACAAUGCGGGUGGUGAUGAUGGGGACAGGGAUGGCACUGCAGGGGCGACCAACGACAACGAUGGCUGGGGCGACAGCGAUAUGGGGCCGGAUCCGUGGUCGAUGCCCGAGCCGACUACGCAAACAUCUGCGAAGAAGGCAUCCCAGUCAUCUGUCGACAAGGAAUGGGGCCAGCCGCCCCCCGCGCGCAAACGCGACCGGCCGCGAUCCAUAUCCAGCAAACCUUCAUCGCGCCCGUCGCCCCGUGACAGCUCUGGAUCCUCUCCCGCGCCAGGGCAGGAUGUCUGUCGUUUCUGGCUGAAAGGGACCUGCAUGCACGGCAAGAACUGCCGCUACAAGCACUCGAAUGAGUCGAGGAACGUCUUUGAUAAGUCGCCCGCACCGCGGGGCAACUCGACAUCGCGCGCAUCGCCGCGGGGUAGCUCGACAUCCUCCCCAGCCCCGUGGGGAAGCUCGGCAUCUGCACCAGGUAGGGAUGUCUGCCGCUUCUGGCUGAAAGGCGAUUGCAAGUAUGGCAAUAGCUGUCGCUACGAGCACUCAAACGAGUCGAGGGAGACAGCGCAGCGAGGAUACAACUCGUCCAAAGGCCGAGGUAGCGAUCCGUCCAGGGGCAGGGGUACGCCGCGAGGGUACGACUCGCCCAGAGGACGAGGAUCCACGCGCGGAGGGUACGAUUCUCCGAGGGGCCGAAGCGCCAACGGGCGGGGAGGGAAGUCGCGCGCAUCCAGCACUUGGGGUGGAGGAGGAUGGGCAUCCAGCGGGUUGGGCGACUGGGGAUCACCGACCGACGACGCGCAGAGCAAGGACGAUGGGAACGGCUGGUUUGCCCCUGCAGAUGUCUGGAACAUCCCGCAGACCGACAGCAAUGCGACUGUGGAGACCGACAACAAUCCGUGGGACAACCCUGUAGGCGCGUACGACCCGUGGGGCGAGCCGACGAGCACGCCAGCAGUGCCUGCAGCGGGUGAACGGGAGGCCAACCACGAAGAAGUCGCCGAUUGCAGUGUGGGGGAGGAAUCGCGAGCGCAGCUUCCCGAGUCAGACUCGGACCGCCGCCAAUACGUCGGCAAUCUCGACCUGCCGCCGCAUCUGCAGAGCGCAGGCUCCGAGUCGCCGGCAGGGACUUUGGGGGAAAAACAAUCAACGAUACAAGCUCCUGGGCCCCAGCAAGCAUCGGCCAGCUCGUACUUAACAGGAAACAUCGAUGAAUUCAUGGAGCCGCCUGGCUUGCCGAGUCGACUCGCCAGCCGUGUGGGAUCCGCGAGCCCGAAUGUGAAAGGAUGGUCGACGCCUGCCCGCGGGACUUCUGUAGACGGAUCUGCUAGUAGGCAAGAACCGAGCGCAGCCGCCGUCGACAUCGGCACUUGGAAAUUCAACCGUGACGAGUUUAUGCGUGACACGCCUGUAACGACAGACAAUGACAAAACUAGUAUGGCGACGAACGGACGUUCGAAAGCAGCGGACAAAGUACCCAUCACUCUUGACGCCCCAUCCUCUGCGAUUGACUCAGAGGGGCCAGAUACUGGGAAGUUCGACGAUAUCUUCGGGUGUUCCGUGCGUAUAGGCAGCGGCGGUGUGGUUCACAGCGUGCGCACCCCAUUCGACCCCGACACUGUCGAGAUCUCCGGUUAUCCCAAAGACACGCCGCUCGACCAGCUAUGCGAGUUCCAGAUGAUGUUCCCGGGGAUUCGACAAGUCCGCUUCGAGCCCACGUACUGCAUCCAGUACUCGGAAGCCUCGCAGGCGGCGCACGUACGCGAAGAGCUGGACGGCAAGGAAUGGAAUGGCCACAUCCUCUCGGCUUGCUUCGACAUGACCGGCAUGAUUGAGCCCGCUGAGCAUGACGGGCGCAAGGUCGAGAUCUCGUAUCCGUAUCCGAAACUCUCGGCAUGGAUCUACAUGAGCUCUAUGACACAGGCGCGCAAGAUGCAGGAGGACUUCGAGAAGGAGCCGCGGUAUGUCAGGGGCUGGAAAGUCACCGUCACCGUGCAGAAGCGCGCGCGCAGCGUGGAGUCUGUCGCGCUCAAGCUCGAUAACUUGCCCACGUCAGCUACCGACGAGGACAUCAGCUUGCUAUGUAUCGGGUACCCGGUGACGACAAGGGCGAUGAACAAGCCGACGUACAAGCGCGACGCGCUGGAGCAGGUGAAGCAGCUGGUGGAUGCCGACGGCGAGCAGCGCUUCCUCUCGUUCGUCAAGCUCCCGGAUGGCGACCCGCCGACGACCUGUCGUGCAUUGGUGGAAUUCAAGGAGGCAGCUGAUGCGCAGGCCGCCAUAGCCAACCUGAACGGGACGCAGCAGUCCUUCCUCGGCAAGGAAGAUAAGUUGCGCCUACGGCUCGUAUCGGCGUAUCGGCGCGAAAUAUCGCGCAAGCACCUCGACGUCCUUCAGGAGGACCUUGCACAGCUUCCUCGUACGCCAGGACUGAGGAUCUUGUUUGGGAACACGAAUUUCGGUGCUCGGAUUGUCGUAACUGGCUCCGACGCUCGCGCGGUGGUCAUCGCGCGCCAGAAGGUCGACAAGCUGCUGCGAGGGCAUGUUGUCCGGCGGAAAGACACGAUCUCGUGGCACGAGUUCUUCGUGACGGCCCCAGGCGAGAAGAAGCUGCAGGAACUCGACCCUUCGCUCGUCGUCGUCGCCGACCGCCGCCUGCGCCAGCUGCGCAUUGUCGGCGGAGCACCCGGCACCCCCGCCUUCGACAAGGCGCAGAAUAUGAUCAACGCCAUGAUCAAGGCCCUCUCGGCCGGCCGUGAUCAGCUUGUUCUCCCGCUCUCUUACGAUCAGCUCGGAUACAUCGUCAACUACGGGCUGAGACGCCUUCGCGACCGCUUCGGCGACGAGGACGGCGUGAAGCUGGUCUUCCGCCCUGCGGAUCGUACUCUCGUCGUGCGCGGGAAGGCCGACUUCCGGGAUAGCGUGCGCGAGGCGGUGGAGACCCUCCCGAAGCGCCCGCGACCUGCUCAGCCAUACCGGCAGUGCCCUGUCUGCACAGGCCAGCCAGAGGAUGGGCGCCCGCUCCCUUGUGGGCACGAGUACUGCCUGACUUGUCUGCAACACGUCCUACGCGCGGGGGUCAGCGAGCCCUUCGCGCCGCUGAGUUGCGUGGCUGCUGGGUGCGGGACGCUGGUCCCCUCGAGCAUGAUUAAAGACAAACUCUCAACUAAGGAGGCGAAGGCGCUAGUAGGCGCAUCCCUCCUCAGCUAUGUCCACGAUCAACCUGGGGAGCUGCGCUUCUGCCCUACGGGGUGUGAUGUGCUGUAUCGGCCGUUGACGGACGGCCUCAUUAUCCGCUGCCCGUCCUGUCGCGAACGCCUGUGCGCUUCGUGCGGAGUAGUUUGCCACGAAGGCAUGACCUGCGCAGAGUAUCGCUACGAGGGCGGGUCCUGGGAAACGCUGAACUAA